GAAAAAAAAACCAAACCAUCGCGACAACGCGCAGCCGCCCCUUUCCUCCGACCUCUGGCCUUUCUCGAUCUCUCCUCGAGUCCCUCUUCCGAAAAGCGAUACAUCAAGCCCUGCCAAGAUGAUUGACGAUUUGCCCAACGAUGCCAAGUCCAAGGAGGUGGUGAGACUCUGGCGCGCGUGGAGGACUGUUCACGAGAUGGUGGCAGACCGAGAGUACGAGCUCGCCGAAGACGAAGUCACCAUCUCUCUCGACCGGUUCCGCGACGAAUACUGCCAUCCCGACGGCACCGUAAACCGCGCCAAACUCCAAUUCUCCGCCCGUCCCAGCGACUCCAUGCUCCGCAAAAACACCCCUCCCGCCACAGCCUCCAACCCGGACCCCGUGCCCGACUGCGGCCCCAUCUGGGUCGAGUUCCUGACGGACAAGCAGUUCGGCGUCGGCCAGAUCCGCCAGUUUGCAAAGUACACAAUCUCCAACAACUACAAGACGGGCAUCAUGGUCACCCACGUGCCGCUGUCCCCCGCCGCCCGCAAGUCGCUCGCCAGCGUCGAGAACCUCGCCAAGAUUGAGUGCUUCCUCGAGGACGACCUGCUCGUCAACAUCACCCACCACGAGCUCGUGCCCCGCCACGUGCUGCUCUCUCGCGAGGAGAAGAUUGCGUUGCUUAAGCGGUACCGCCUCAAGGAGACGCAGCUGCCGCGUAUUCUGCAAAAGGACCCCGUGGCGCGGUAUCUGGGGCUCAAGAGAGGGCAGGUUGUCAAGAUUAUCCGAGUCAGCGAGACGGCGGGUCGAUAUGCCAGUUACCGACUGUGCGUUUAAUGGAAUGUUGUUCAGCCCGAAUCUUCCAAUUUUUUGAGUAGGGAGACGUCGGGGAUGGGGAUUGAAGAGGACGACGACAUGGGGAAGGGGGCAUGUGCUCGCGAAGAAGUAACCAAAAAAACGAAAAACUUCAAGUUGGAUUAUCUCAGCUGGAGGGGGUGCAGCGACAACGCUGUUCGAUAUAUUAUUUUGCAUUUGCAGUGUCAAAGCUGGCGUUUUGGGGGGGGGUUUAUUACUAGAAUUACGAAAGAAACCAAUUCAAUAAAUUACCAAGCAUUUUCAAAUCUUC